UCGAACAGUUAUUUAGAGAAGUACCCAAACAGUACCUUCAACGUCCAACUUCUUGUUUUCCCGCCUUUGUCUGUCUGUCAAGCAAGAUGCCUGAAAAUCCAAAACCAAUCCAAGCUUUGUUUCAAACCGUUGAAAGAUUCUCGAAUUGUGUCCAAACGCACCUUGCCAAUUUCACCCGACAGUCUCACGAUCCAUCGCCCACCAAGAAAAAUCCUCUCGUCUCUCUCUCAUCAUCAGGAGCAAACGCUGACUACCACCCUGCCACUACUACCAAGAAGUCUGCUGCACCUGUUACUAGAGAAGAACUUGGAAGAGCUACUUGGACUUUUCUUCACACUCUGGCUGCUCAGUAUCCUGAAAAUCCAACAAGGCAGCAAAAGAAGGAUGUAAAAGAGCUGAUGUCAAUACUAUCUCGAAUGUACCCGUGCAAGGAAUGCGCAGAUCACUUUAAAGAAGUUCUGAGAGCAAACCCGGUGCAGGCUGGAUCUCAUGAUGAGUUCUCCCAAUGGCUCUGUCACGUGCACAAUGUUGUUAACAGAAGCCUUGGUAAAUUGAUAUUCCCUUGUGAGCGAGUGGAGGCAAGGUGGGGGAAGCUGGAGUGUGAGCAGCGCGCCUGUGAUUUACAAGGAACUACAACUAGCCACAUUGAAUUCUGAAUAGACAUAUUAAAAGAGCAGUCAUGGCCUCAACCCUGGAGUAUACUCAUAUUCAACAAAGGGUGGCGGUUAAUUUUGUAAUUCUUAUAUUUAUUUGGACAUUAGCUCAAGUAACCAUCUUUAUUGUCGCAACCUAUAAAUUGUUCGAUGUGUAAAAGAAUUGUUAUUAAU